GUGCUGCGCGCCUCUGUGCAGGUGAGGGCCGCCUGUGCUGCCGCCAGUUCGCGCUUUGGGAAGGAAAAGUGCUGCCGGCUUCCUAUUGGCUCCGGGGCAGGGGGCUAGGAGGGGGGCAUUCUGGGGAGGGGAGGGGAGCCCAGGCUUUCUUCGGCGAUGCUGCUGACGCAAGCCGAGGAGUCAAAGGGUCAGCAACUCCCGCUGACCUCGGAGACCCCCGGCGCAAAAUGGCUCGAGCCGCUCGCGCGGUGGAUCUGAGUUUCUUAAAGGAGGAGGAAGCCGAGCAGAUCUUCCACGUGCUGGAGCGGGACUCCCGGCUCAGAAGGGCAGAGAAGGAAAGGAUCAGCAAACUUCAUAAGAAAAAGGAAGAUAUUACCGUGCUUCCGGGAGCGACUGGAAAGUGGUUUGAAGAAAUACAGAGGAGAAAAUUUCAGAAUGAAACUGAUGUCAGCAAAAUGAUUAAGCAACCACUAGCGCAUAGGCUGAGAAAGGCCAUAAAACCUGAUUCUACAGCUGUGAAGCCCUCCACCCCACAAAACUCCCAAGCCCAGAAAAAUGGAUCUCCUUCCAUCCUGGGAGGACUGCGGACACCAUUUGCUUCUCUGUUCUCCUCUUUCAGAAAACCAAAAAGGCAGCCAUUGAAGCCUCCGUCAUCACCUCCUCAGCAGCACCAUCACCCUCCACGAUAUGACCGCUUUGCUCCAGGUCGCCUUAAAUCUUCCAAAUUGGAGGAAAUGGCAAAGACUGAAACCUGUAACUCUCCUUUGGCCACUAAACUGACAAAUAAGCGGUUUGAUGGAAAGCAACCUGAGGUGAUGGAAGACACCUCUACCUGGAAUGAGCAGCUAGAAAAAGAGCUCUUACGAGUUCUAGGGAGCCUGGAUGAGCAGCUGGCACAGGAACAAGCCCAAGGUCCAGCAAAGAGAAGAACUACAACUGACUAUGGCUGCAGAACAUCGGACUCCAAUCAGUAUCCCACUGUUACCAGACAGAGUUUUCAGAGAGGAAUACAGAGGAAUGAGAGGAGCAUGUUUUUGCCUGAUGGGACAAGGACCCUGAGAGCCAGAGAGGAACACCCAGCUUUCUUCCGCCCAAGGACACUUUAUGAUACAUAUAUGAAAAAAUACCAUGUGGAGGAUUAUGCGAACCAGAAUGUUUUGGGCAGAAGGUCUCCUGUUCCAAAGAGAUGGUGUUCUACUCAUUCUCUUGGACAUUCCUCAGAAGGCAGCUUGGAGAACCUUUCAGGCCUACAUGGCAGUGGGUUUCGAUGCAGGGACUUCCCAUGCAUGGAUACAGUUAGCAGAAGUUAUUCUUUGUCUUCUCUUUCAAGACGCCAGUCUUCAGGAUCUGUUGAUCUUUCCUCAGAAGGUCUGCAACACCCUUUGGCAGCAGAAGGCAACAAAACGUUCACACAAAGGAAUUACCGCCACCAUUCUAAGAGGACUCCCCUAUCGUCUAUCAUAUGGAACACACCACACUCGUCAGAAAAUCCAUUAGAACAAGAUAGGAUACUUCGGACACAAUCAUUAAUGGACUUUGGCCCUAAAUUUGAAGAUAUGUAUCCUUGUUCUCCAUGGGACAAUACAAAAUAUGAAUUUUAUCGGUCAAACCUCAAUCACAGAAGAGCAAUACCAAAUGCCAGUCAUCCGAGCAGGGCUGGUUAUCCUGACAAGUUUACAGACUCUGUGUGUUUUGAAAAUUGGGAAAAUUAUGCAUUGUGUCAGCCAGAAAGGAAUACUGCUACCCCUCGCUACAGAUAUUCAUCACUGCGUGGUAGGACACACCUCUUCCACAAGAGAUUUCCUUCUGGAAGAAUGGAGGAGCAGCUUUUGGGGCCUGACAGUAACCAGUAUUAUAACGAUGACCCCUUUCUCACUUGUGAUGCUGACUUUAAGAGAAUUCCAGCUAAUCCUAAUGACUGGCAAACUGCCCAUGCAAAAAACAUUGGUGUAUGGCAACGUGAGAGUGAGGCUCGAAAUAAUGUAUUGGAACACCUGAGGAACACGGAUCGUUUAGGCAAUGAAGCCACUGAAGAGUUUUUAAAGUCCACAAAAGGCAUAGAGAACCGUCCAAUGUAUACCUCAACAGUCCCUUUGCCGUUCAUCAGAGCAAGGGCUUCCAAUCAGCCUGUCCUAUCUGAUUCAAAGGGCCCAGCAAAAUACGCAGCACAAAGGCAACAUCUAUUCACUAGAGGUGGACAAAUACUCACAAAACCUUUGGUUGCACACACUCAGACCAAGGAAGACUUCCAAACACCCGUGUCAGAGGAGUUGAGGGAUACUGGCCAGUCAAGCAGAGUAGGCAAUGGAGACCUUAAAGAAGGGGCAUUGGGACCAGUUUCUGGGGAAGUGGAUACAAACCAUCCAACUAAAUGUCCUCCUAAGAAUUCUUCAGCAGCUGUCCCACAGACCAGUACAUCUUUUAAACCACCGGUCUCACUGGAUUCGAACAUGCAAGCCAAAUCAGCUUCCUCAAGGGAGACUGAAAAAAUGUAUUUAUCAAGCACUCAGUACAGAAAUAGACCAAUCAAGGAAAAUGAUCAUGCUUUAAAGAGUGACCUUGGCCAAAUGUCUCCUCCUAGGUUAAGUGGUUACAGGACAAGGGAUUCAUUUUUUCAAAGCUUGCAGCGAGGGGCACGUCAUUCUGAAAGCUUGAGAAUUUCCAUGCCCAAGAAGCCACAUGAGAAUAUCCAUUCAUCUGGUUUGGGUAGAGCCUGGAAAGGAUCUGAAUGUGAUGGACUAUCAGACCCUUGCACUGAAAAGUCAAACAAGCACAGCAGUUUUGUUAGACAUGCAACUAGCAACAGCAUCACUGGCUCUCCCAGCAGCAGUCCUCCUAAAUCUCCUGUUACAUAUUUCACUGUACCUAGGAAAUCUGCCAGUAUCGACGGUAGUGUUAUAUCAAAGAAACCUCUGUCUUCUCCUAGAAGAAGAGUCCAAUUUGAAAACCAGGCAGCUAUUGAAGACAAUUUAGAGACACUUAUAUCAAACAGAAAUCAAAGGAGUUCUUGGAAUCAAAGAGACCCAGUUGCCUUUGCAAGUCCAGCCCAUUCAUUGUCGCUUAAAGAUGUCACCUGUGAAGGAAACAUUCCACAAACCAAAGGUCACCAUCCUGAUCAUCCCUUAAGUGCAACAGAUAAGAUUGUCAGAAAAUCAGAAAAAAGCACAAUUACAUGUUGUCUAGACAAAACGGAAACUACAGUGCUUUCUGACUGUGAGGAAACGGAUGCAGGAAAUCCUUUGCAGAAAUGUAAAACUACCAGUAUGGUUACAGUUAGUGUUGAUGAAGAUAACAUCAAAUACCAUGAGCUGAUUUCGGUUUAUUAUACAUUACCGCGGAAACAUUCAAGAAAGUUGUGUAAUCUCUUUCUAGAUGACUCCAGUAAUGUAGGUUCUUCCCCACCCUCAGGACAGAGCCCCUCCAAGAAAUGUGCUCACACUGUUUUAGAAGCUGCAGGCUUUCCUUGCAAUUCAGAAAAAGAAGACUUGCCAGCUGAGACAUCUGUCACUCCUGGUAUGUCACAGAACUCAAAAAUUCCAGAUGAAACUAAUAAAAAAGGCCCCCAUUUUAGCAGUCCCAUUGUAGACUCGCUCCUUGCUCCUCAUUCACAAUUUAUGGGGAGCAACAGAAAAGAAGCACCAGAACAACUAAUGGAUGCUCAAGCACUUAGCGGCAACAGACCACUAAGCCUUAGCACAUCCAAUCUGAAAAUUCCUUUGGGAAAUGUUGCUGCACUAUCUUCUACCCUAAGCACCAGAAAUGCUCAAAAAGAGAAUCCCUUGGGCUGUCAGCCACUGAAUAAAUCAACUGUGAGCAACAAUCCACAUAUUACUUCAGAUCCAGCAACUGAUGCCCAAGUGAGCUCUAUGGAAGAGAAAAUUAGGCGAGAAGCAAAGGUCAAAGAGCGGGCACGUCAUAUAUGCCAUAUCCUUGCCCUACAUAGCAAAAAAGGGAAUGGGUUGCAGCCAAGAAAUGAAAGUGUCACAAGUGGCGUAGGUGAAACAUUAACUUCAGGGACCACUGCGCAGUCACAUUCUGAGAACCAGACACUUCAGGUGGAAGCAGCUGCCAUAGAUAAUCCAUCACUUCAACCAAAUACUCCAGUUACGUGUCUUUUGAAGUCUCCAAAAUCUAAGCAAGAGCAAGUGCUGCAGAAUAACCCAAUACAAACAGUUUGCACAAGCUCGGAGCUAUCUGAGAGUAACUCAGUAGAAAACCAGAACCUUAAUUCAGAAGGUCAGCUCUCAUAUUUGCCUGAUGGUUCAACAACUGAAAAUAAUCUUACUUCGGAUAAUGCUCAAGAUAAAGCCAGUGAAACAGAAAAAAGAAAAAAUAGGACUUCAAUUAAAAACAAGCUGGCAGCCAUGUGCAAAACAAACAGAAAGUUUUCUAGUAAGAAAAAUGUAAAUCCUAAGCCACACAUAAGUAGCAUAUUUUCACAGAAUGACACUCCUUCUUCAGAGAUGAGCGAACCUCUACUAAUUUCAUCAGUUGUUCCCCAGUCUAUUCUGCAAACUGGGAAUGAGAACCAGAAUCAGAGCCCUCAGCCUGGUGAACUUGAGAACAAGAAAUCACAAACCCAUGAGGGUCCUCUGUUGGUUACCAAUGAGAAUAGGAGGCCUUUUGCAAACUUGUGCAAUCAGAAAAGGGAAACUGACAGUUCCAGACACAUUGAUAAAAGAGUAGAGAGCAGCGUUCCAAACCCUUCAGGUUUAUGUCAAAAAGAAAAGGAGUCCACACUAAAUAAUUCCCAAGCCCAUGAUGAACCUCUAGAAAAUAUCAACUGCCCCACAGUUUCCAAAGUUACUGCUGAAGAUCUUGGCCAAAAGAAAAAAGAUGUCACAACCAUUGGAGAGUCAUCUUUGUUUUCCCCUUCCUUUGAUAAAAACUUAAACAAUCUAACUAAAAAUUAUUCAAAGGCAAAUAUUUGUCCGCAACAAAAGGCAGUUCCUCCCACAGAAUACAACCACUAUCAAAAUGUUAAGCCCUCAAAUAGGUUAAAAAGUCAAAACCUACCCCUUGCUGGGCCAAGUCCUAGCAGACUGCAGCGUGAGCGCCAUUUUUCUGAAAGCUCCUACACACGAGAGCCCCACAGGACUGUAGCUCUAAAGAGCAACUCAAUCCGCCCCAACAGUAGGAAAUUUAAUUCCUAUUCAGAACUGUUGUCCUGCAAUGAGAAUGAGAAUUGGGAAGCCUAUAGUGACCCUAACAGGACCUUUGGAUCUAGGCACUUAAUGUAUCCAUCUGUUGAAUUUGGUAUUUUUGGGAAAGAGCAGCAGCAAGCUUUCUUGGAUAAUAUAAAGAGAUCACUUACUGAGGGACGGUUGUGGAGGCCAUGUCUUCUGAAGAACCCUGGUUUUCUGAGAAAGGAGGAGGUCUGCUCCUUAAACAAGUCUGAGCCCUUGGGUUCAAGUUUCCCUGAGAUAAAUAAGUCCAAAGAAGGUUCGUCUGAAAGGAAGCCCGUUGAAGCAGGCCCUGUGGAUUCUUCAGAUUCAGACUCUGACACUACUACAGAUGAUGAAUACUACCCAAAUGAGCAUGAUAAAGAAUCUGAACUUUGAGAGGCUGUAAUAAAAUGAGGUGAAGAAAAGGCCUUUAUCUUAAAGUGGCUCAUUUAAUUCUUGGGCCAUUUUGUAACUUUAGGGACUAAGAUGCAGAGUAGCGGCGAUCUGAUUGCAUGGCUGUGAUGGCUGGAAAAAUCUCCCUCCCCCCAAAAUUGUUCUACGAUAUGUACAACUGAAAGGAUAAUUUGUAUUCCUCGCAGCAGUGGCAUAGCCAGAGGAAGGCGGGGUGCAAGACUGUUUGUCCUGGGCCUCAAAUUCAAAGGUGUCCACAAAUUUAGAUACUUGUAAACUUGUGGGUGUUUUAUCAGUUUCACAACUUGUUUUUACGUGCAUCACGCACUGAGAUGGGAAAAGUUUCACCUGUUGAAUAUGUGCCUGUCAUGUAAUUGUUGAUAUAUGCAAGUCUCUCUACUUUUUUUUAAGGCCUGCAGAUAAUACAUUGUUACACCAGAGAGAAAAAAUUGCAUACUGUGCUGCUUUUCUCUCAACAAAAAAUAAUUUGUGUGAAAUUUGAAAAAUGUAAUCCCUCACCUGCAGGCUGGAAGUGGCACAUUCCAUUCUUCUACCUCAAUGCUCAGCCAUGUUGUUUCCCCCUUAUUCUGCUGAACGUGAAGACCCAACGUUUAAGCAAUCAGGAGACAGCUUUUGCCCACAGCAGAAAUUCCUGUGGCCUGUUAUAUACCUCUCUUUCCCCACCACCACCACGUUCCAUCAAACCCAACCUUCUUCCCAUAGUAAAAAGCUGUCAAAAAUGGAGGGAAAGUAAGCAAAUGAAAUAUGUGCAUAUAUAAAUGAAUGAUAUUGUAUUAACUUGAUUGGGAAGGUAAAUGUCGUAACAGGUUUAUGGAAGGACCACAGACUAUUCAGCUUACCUGCGAGCCAUUAAAAGGAAUGGUGUGCUGCACUGAAGCAAUAUUUGCUAGGUUGAGCUCACAGAGAGUUAAAUCACUUGAAGGCUCACUUAUUUCUAUAUGCUUAACUCUUCUAUUGAAAUGAGUGGGAUUUAAAGGCUGCAGUUGGAUAAACAGCAGACUGGCUUUUUAACAUGUCAGGAAAUUCCCUGGAUUGCCCCUGCCCUGGAAAACCACUGGUAACUGAAAGUAAACAUCCUGGCUAUGCUGGCUACUUGGUUUAGCUUGCUAUAGGUCUGUGUUCAAAUUCCAGUUUGCCCGUUUUACCUUCAGCUAUAUGGACCACUGAACUCACUGGACUUAAUUAUUAGUAACCUAAACAGGACUUAAGUGUUGAUUGCGCUCUAGGUUUUUUACCUGAUCAAUAAGUACCAACAUGUUAAAAUUGGUACUUAAAACCAGUACUUUUAAAUUAGUGACUGCUUCGUUAAAGAAGUGUGUGCGCGUGUGUAUGGUUUGAAUGUGUGCUUUUAAGUUUAAAUGCUACUUUAUUGUAUGAUGUUGUUAUUGCACAUGUGAUGACAGAUGAAAAUCCUAUUUAUAUCCAGAGUGGUUCUUGCAACCGUAACUGUUCCAAUAGCAUUUGAAAGUACAAGGUACAAAUUACUUUUUAGAAAAAGAUUAUUUAAAUGUAAUUUAUUUUGAUGUGUUAAGUAAAUGGAUCUAAUCAACAAAUGCAGCCUUCUGUACUGAGAGAGAAGUGUUCGGAUUUCAAGACUGCACCAUAAAAAGAAGAAAAAAAUUGUCCUGGUGACAAGAAGUCUAGUAUGCACAGCAAGUCAUGUGCAAGAUAAAUGUUUACAUAUAUAUACAUUGUUAUAUCAUUGUUUUUUUCUGCUUUUUUUUAGACUUUGCACUUUUCCCCUUUUAUAUUUUGUAAUUAUUUUCUUACUCUGAGAUUACUUUUGAAUGAAAUUGCCUCUAGGUACAUAGGCAAGGGUCUCUCAUGGUAAAUAUAUAAUGGGGAAUUAUAAACUGCAGAGAGAUAGCCGCAUUUAAGUCUGUUGCAGUCAAAUUAAACAGGAAUCCAGUGACACCUUAAAGACAAACAAAAUUUAUCUCUUGUGAAUCAGAGUUUAUUUCAUCAGAUGUAUCUAAGGAAGUUAAACCCUGCUUGUGAAUACUUAUAGUGGAAUACAUUUUUGUGAAUCUUUUUAAGAUGCCACAAGACUCUUGUUUAAUUUUUCUGGAAACUAUAAUACACCUUUAUUUAGCCUAUAUGUUGAUUGAGGUCAUUGAAUGUUAAUUUAGGUUUGCUUAAUUCCUCAUUUAAGCAAAAGCAGCUAACAGUUCAUACACUAGCUUCACUGGCUCUUUCAGCUCAGUUCAGCAGCUCAUGAAUAGUCUAUUUGUGAGAGCAGUGCAGCAUCGGAGUAAAGAACUCAACAGAGCUCUGCAAGAGAUCUAUGAAAAGGGGGAGCUCAAAAAUUGGAGUCCAUCUGGGAUUUCCUUUCAUUCAUUUAUGUUACGCUGCUCACACAAAUAGACCAUACGCAUGAAUUGUUAAAGUGUCCAUAGAAGCCUGUAAGAUAAAGUACAACUGAGCACACAACUGCAUGCUUAGAAGCAAAUCUGAACCAUGUGCCUUCUCUUAUAGGUGUUGAAACUUCAAAGCGCACUCAGAAUCUCCCUACCUGAAAGGCUUGCCCUGUUCUUUUUAAACGAGGUAUCAGAUCCUAUAUGUAUUCAGCCACACAGACCUGUUGUCUCUAUUCCAAUAAGCUGCAUGCAUGUGAAUUUCAUGUGCGCUUCAGAGCCAUAAAUAACUGAAUUGGUGUGCCUUGCUGCCUUCCCCAAACCAGUUCUUCAUUAAUAAUCUACUAGCUGCCACUUGGACUGCAAACACAUUAUCUCGGUGAAUUACAAUAGACAAAGCUGGUGGUAACUGCUGCUUUAUUUUGCAAGUGAGCCACAGGUCAACUCUAAAGAACAAGAGAGUGCCAUUCUGUGGUAUGCUUAUAGAAUGUAUGCAGUUCUCUGCAUUUCUGGAUAUGGUUUUGCCUGUAUCCUCUGCGGAGUAGCCAGCAGUGCAGUGCUGGAGGUGAGCAAGAAUUGAAACUGAAGCUACAGAACAAUCUCACAAGCCUUUCUGGACCUCCCCAGAAGUGGCUGCAUUCUGCCUUGUGGUACACCCACCCUGCAAGUUGGCUGUGUUUGGGGGGAAGGGAUGGUUUUCACUUAAAAUAAGCUAUGAAUAUUGAAUAGGACUAUUUUUAAAUAAAUGGAGCAUAUUUAUGAUCACA